CCGCGUGCCGCAACCCGCGCCGCCUUUCGCCGCCGCGCGCCGCCGUCGCCCCGCGCCGCCGUCGCUGCCGCCGCGCUCGCUGGCUGGCCCGGUGCGGGCGCCGGGCUCCCGCCGAAGAAGACCACCAGCGCCGCCACCACCACUUCGGCCCGGGUCCUGGCACAGCCCCGGGCCCCGGCCCGAGCCCCGCGCCGGGACCGGCGAUGAAGUGUCACUACGAGGCACUGGGGGUGCGGCGCGACGCCAGUGAGGAGGAGCUCAAGAAGGCCUAUCGGAAGCUGGCCCUGAAAUGGCACCCGGAUAAAAAUCUGGAUAAUGCCGCAGAAGCAGCUGAACAAUUUAAACUAAUCCAGGCAGCGUAUGACGUGUUGAGUGACCCUCAGGAGAGAGCAUGGUAUGAUAAUCAUAGAGAGGCUCUGCUUAAAGGUGGGCUUGAUGGAGAAUAUCAAGAUGACAGCUUAGAUUUGCUUCACUACUUCACUGUGACCUGUUACUCUGGUUAUGGAGAUGAUGAAAAGGGCUUUUAUGCAGUGUAUCGCAAUGUUUUUGAAAUGAUUGCAAAGGAAGAACUAGAAUCUGCUCUAGAAGAGGAUGUUGAGGAUUUCCCAACUUUUGGAGACUCCCAGAGUGACUAUGAUACGGUAGUCCAUCCUUUCUAUGCUUACUGGCAGAGUUUCUGCACGCAGAAGAACUUUGCUUGGAAAGAAGAAUAUGAUACCCGACAAGCUUCAAACCGCUGGGAGAAACGAGCCAUGGAGAAAGAGAACAAAAAGAUUCGAGACAAAGCGAGGAAAGAGAAGAAUGAGCUUGUCCGUCAGCUGGUAGCUUUCAUCCGCAAAAGAGAUAGAAGAGUGCAGGCCCAUCGGAAACUGGUGGAAGAACAGAACGCAGAGAAGGCGAGGAAGGCCGAGGCCAUGAGGCGGCAGCAGAAGCUCAAGCAGGCCAAACUGGCAGAGCAAUACAAAGAGCAGAGCUGGAUGACGGUGGCCGAUUUGGAGAAGGAACUCAGGGAGAUGGAGGCGCAGUAUGAAAAGGAGUUUGGAGAUGGAUCAGGUGAAGAUGAAACGGAAGAACGGGAGCUCAGAGAUGGACAGGACGGUAAAGAUAGCGAUGAGGCUGAGGACGCAGAACUUUAUGAUGGCCUUUACUGUCCAGCGUGCGAUAAGUCUUUCAAGGCGGAAAAGGCCAUGAGGAAUCAUGAAAAAUCAAAGAAGCAUCGAGAAAUGGUUGCCUUGUUAAAACAACAGUUGGAGGAGGAGGAAGCAAAUUUUUCAGGACCUCAAACCGAUGAAAAUAGUCUGAAUGCCAAUUCUGAGGAAGAAAUGGAGGAUGCACCAAAGCAAAAGCUUUCUAAAAAACAAAAGAAGAAGAAACAGAAACCAGCACAGAAUUAUGAUGACAAUUUCAAUGAAAAUGGAACUGGAGAAGGAGUAAAGGUUGACCUGGAAGAUAACCUAAAUCAAGACUGUGCCAAAGAAUUGGAAGACGGUCCCCAAGAAAAUGUUGGUGUCACAGAGACUGUUGAACUGUGCGAUGACCCCAAAAGCGAAGCUAAAAGUGUUCCUAAACCCAAAGGAAAGAAAGCCAAAGAUACAAAAAAAUCUGUCAGAGUACCUGCUGAACCACAGGCAAUGAAUGAUGUGCUUAUCAGCUGUACAACCUGCCAUAGUGAAUUUCCAUCCCGGAAUAAACUUUUUGACCAUCUAAAGACCACAGGUCAUGCAAGAGCACCUUCAUCAUCAUCUUUAAACAGUGUAACAAAUAAUCGAAGCAAGAAAGAGAAACGUAAAAACAGAUAGAAAUUCUGCCAAUGCUCUUUCUUUUUGAUUGUCUCUAGAUUUUGAAACCAAAAACUGAACUGAAAUCACCUAAAGAGUUAAAAUUUCCGUGAUCUGCAAUUUAUUGCAUUGUGGAAGAUUAUUUUUAUCUUGUAAACAUUUUUUGUUUAAUAUAUAUUUUUUAAACAUUUCAUUAGUGAUUGAAUUCUACUUUUGCCAUCUGAGUUGACUUGAAUGUCUGAGAACAGGUAAAUAUUGUAAAGUAUGCAUUCUUGACUUCUGUUGGCUCAUGUGGACAGAAAUGUACAGGGAGAAUUAAAUUAUUUUAACACAUACAAA